CUUACUUCUGAAUUUCUUCUCUCCCCCUGCUUUUGGCUGCGAGGAGAACUGGGUCAGUGAGGUAACCAUGGAGAUGCUUAAGCAAAGAGUGUGCAUCCCUGCUCCCGUCUCUCUCCUGAAACCUUUAAAGAUUAACUAGAUUGUCAUCUCCACUCUCCUGGUGCCAGGGAUGGGAUUUGGGGGUUGAAUCCCUUGAUUUGGGCAAGCUAUUUUGGGUUUGGGUUUUGUUGUUGUUGUUGUUGCAGGCAAGAGGGAAGGCAGGGUGUGCGCGUUCGGGAGCACAAGAGGGGGGUCUGAGUCUUCUGGCACCCACACGCAGAAGGACCCGUCUUGUUGAGCAGACCUCACCCAGGAGUCCCCAAGACGGAGAGCAAGUAGCCGACCAUGUUUAACGGGGAGACGAGCUCCUCCUCGGCGCGGAACGUGGUCCGCAGCUCCAGCAUCAGUGGCGAGAUGUACAACAUCGAGAAGAGCAACGGGGGCAACGUCGACUCGGCCAGCAUCACCUCCAACAAGAAGAGGCGCUCCAGCCUGGGCGCCAAGAUGGUGGCCAUCGUGGGGCUGUCGCAAUGGAGCAAGAGCACCCUGCAGCUCAACCAGCCAGAUGGCGGUCCCAAGAAGCUGCGCAGCAACAUCCGGAGGAGCACGGAGACUGGCAUCGCGGUGGAGAUGAGGAGCAGGGUGACGCGGCAGGGCAGCCGGGAGUCCACCGAUGGCAGCACCAACAGCAACAGCUCCGACGGCACGUUCAUUUUCCCCACCACCCGACUGGGAGCCGAAAGCCAGUUCAGCGACUUCUUAGAUGGGCUGGGGCCGGCGCAGAUUGUGGGCCGGCAGACGCUGGCGACGCCUCCGAUGGGUGAUGUCCACAUUGGGAUGACCGACAGGAAUGGGCAGCUGGAGGUGGAAGUGAUACAGGCCAGAGGCCUCAUGCCGAAGAUGGGCUCCAAGUCCAUCCCUGCAACCUAUGUUAAAGUCUAUCUGUUGGAGAAUGGAGCCUGCUUGGCCAAAAAGAAGACCAAGACAGCCAAGAAGACCUGUGACCCAUUGUAUCAGCAGGCCCUGCUCUUUGACGAGGGCCCUCAGGGCAAAGUGCUGCAGGUCAUCGUGUGGGGAGACUACGGCCGCAUGGACCACAAGUGCUUCAUGGGGAUGGCGCAGAUCGUCUUGGAGGAGCUAGACCUGUCCAACAUGGUCACAGGCUGGUACAAACUCUUCCCCACCUCCUCGCUGGCAGACUCCAGUAUCGGCCCGCUCACCCGCCGCCUCUCCCAGUCCUCUCUAGAAAGCUCCACGAGUCCUUCCUGUCCGUAGGGGGUGGGGAUCAGGGCUGCUGGGAGAGGCUGGGGGGGACGGGGACGAAAGCAACUCAACCUACCAAAACAUUUCUGUGGAACAGCUGUAAAUAUUCUGUCUUUUUUCCCCCCCUUCCC